UUGUCCUCUUUGGCUCUCUCUUUCACGAGAAAGUUCCAUCAAACAAUGCCGACAACAUCUUGAUUCCCCCAUUCAAACCCUAAAUUUGUCCCCAAAUUCAAACCCCCCAAAUUGCUUUGCACGAUCUGUGAUUUGCGAGACUGUUUCUUUUUAUCGAUUUUUUUUUCCAUUUUAUUCCUUGAGCUGUAAGGCUUUGAACAAGUCGUGUUUAUUUGCUGUAAACUUUUGAUCUUUUAAAUUAUUUUUUUAAAGAAGAAAACCGUGUUUUUUUUUAAAGCAAAAAAGCCUUGGAAAACAGCAUUAUAAAACAGGUAUAAAGACUUGGAUUCGCCGGCGAAGUAUGACAGCCGGAGGCUGUUUCAGUUUCCAAACAAUGAUUUUCGGUCGGAAAUUAUCAAGCAAGAGCAUGCAGCCUGUAAAAGGCGGAGCAUCUCCUAGGGUUAGCAAGACGAAACAAGACGAAAAGCCCUCUUCUUCACCGCUUUCCUCGUCGACGAAACGCGUUUCCUCGUCGCCCAUAGGGAUUAAAAACGCUAAUAAUAAGCAGAUAGCAAAGAGCCCGAAGGCCAGUAGCUCGCCUAAAUGGACAGGAAACUUCAUCCUGAUGGUCGAGCUUCGGAAGAAGAUCUUAACGUUUCGAGACAUCGUCGAUCUUCCUCCUCUCGACGGCUCUCCUUCCAUACCCGAAAUGGUGAAACUUACCAUGAAAGAUCUCCAGAAAAUCUGUCCUGAAAUCAUUCAAAACGCGCAGAUUUCGGAGAUAAAAUGCGCAGACGCUGAUAAGGUUCUUGAUCACUUCUACAAUGCUUUGAAAUCCAUUGGAGAUUCUUGGAUCGAUGAUCCAGAAUGGAAUGCCAAAUCAAAGUACAGGAGUAGCAGCAUCGGGAAGAAUCAAUCAGAUCGUCUCGUGGAGAAGGUCUUGGCGACAUUAGAUGGACUGAUAAAGAUGACGAAGGAAAGGUUCGAUAUGAUGGAGAUCGAAGAUGAGGAUGAGAAGAAAACACCGCGAGUCUUAACUCCAUCCAGCUCGUUCUCAGAGACCAGGAGCUCGUUCUGCGGGUCCCCUAUGACGCCAAGAUCAGUUCUUCCAGAGUCGAUGAUGGGUUCUCCGAGCAAAAAUGGUGACUUUAUGAGCUCUGCUUCACAUCUUCUUUGGAACAUGAGAGUUCAAGCGCUCGAAAAGCUUAGCCCUAUCGACGUGAAAAGGCUCGCAAUCCAUAUUCUGUCACAGAAAGAGGCUCUGGAAGAUUCGACCGGCGAUUUUGAGAGUGUAGAAGUGAAAGGGAAGAAUGAAAGAGAGAGCAUUAGCCCGGAACCAAGAACAGAGGAUACAAAACAAAAUGCAGAAGAUACUGAUUCUGGUGAUAAAGAUGACAUGAAAAUUGAUGAUAAACCAGUUUCAGAAGCUUCAGCAUUGAGUUCAAAUGCUGAAAUCGAACAAAAUGAUACAGAAAAAAUCGUGUUCUUACCGGCGUUUACACUAUCAAUGGCGGUAGCUCCUCCACCACCACCACCUCUUCCUCCACUUGCCCCUAUAAAGACUACUUCUUCUUCUUCGCCUGCUUCACCUCUUCUCCCAUCACCUCCACCUUCAAUUCCAUGCUCUAAUGUAACAGUUCCUCCUCCUCCUCCUCCAGCAAAGAUUUCGAUGGCGGUACUUGUAUCACCUCCUCCUCCUCCUCCAAGAUUUUCAUCCAUGGCAGCAACAUAUAUACCUCCUCCUCCUCCUCCUCCUCCUACAGUGUCAGUGCUACUGUCGCCAUUGAUAAAACCUUCAACAAUCUCUACUUCUCUUCCACCACCACCUCCUCCUCCUCCACCUCCAGAGACUGCAGCUGUAGUAGCAGCACCACCCCCUCCUCCUCCACUUCCAGGGACUGCAGCUGCAGUAGCAGUACCACCCCCUCCGCCUCCUCCAAUGGCUAUGGCGAAAGGAGCAGCUCCUCCUCCACCGCCACCUCCAAGGGCUCUGGGUAAUGGAGCGGCACCUCCGCCGCCGCCACCUCGGAUGGGUACCACGGCAGCCGGUCCUCCGCCGCCACCUGGCGGUGCGGGCCAUAGCUUGCGGCCCAAGAAAGCGGCGACCAAGCUGAAAAGGUCGAGCCACAUUGGGAGCCUGUACAGACUCCUCAAGGGUAAAGUAGAAGGGCGUGACACUGAAGCAAAGUCUGGCGGCGGCGGUGGAAGAAAGAGCGGUGGAGUUUCGAGCGCUCAAUCUGGUGGAAAGUCAAUGGCUGAUGCUCUUGCUGAGAUGACAAAGAGGUCAUCCUAUUUUCAGCAGAUAGAAGAAGAUGUCCAGAAGUACAUGAAAUCAAUCAAUGAGCUGAAAGCUGAAAUCUCAAAGUUUCAGACAAAGGACAUGACAGAGCUGUUGAACUUCCACCGCCGAGUUGAAUCCGUUCUCGAGAAACUGACUGAUGAAACACAGGUUCUUGCGAGAUGCGAAGGGUUCCCACAGAAGAAGCUCGAAGCCAUGAGAAUGGCAGUUGCAUUGUUCUCAAAGCUUCAUGGUAUCAUCACAGAACUUCAGAGCUGGAAGAUAGAGCCUCCAGUGAAUCAGCUCCUCGACAAAGUCGAUCGUUACUUCUCAAAGAUCAAAGGAGAUAUCGAUGCAUUGGACAGAACCAAAGACGAAGAGGCCAAGAAGUUUCAGAGCCAUAACAUCCACUUCGACUUCAAUAUCCUUCUGCAGAUCAAAGAAGCCAUGGUUGAUAUCUCCUCCAACUGCAUGGAAUUAGCACUGAAGGAGAAGCGAGAGGCGAAGGGAAUGGACUCACCAGAAGCGAAAACGAACGCAAAGAAGACGACGGUGAGCUGCGCGAAAACGCUGUGGAGGGCAUUCCAGUUUGCGUUCAAAGUCUACACAUUUGCAGGAGGACACGACGAUCGAGCUGACCAUCUGACAAGAGAGUUGGCUCACGAGAUCCAAACUGAUUCUCAGACACAUCCCUGAUCUGCUUCUCUCUCUCUCUUUCUCUCUCUCUCUCCCCCUUGAGAGAAUCAUUACAUAUCUUUGGUAUGUUACGUACGACGAGGGAAAGAUUGAUAUAAUAUAUGAAGAGACUUACGUAUGUAUAACUUAACAUUAUCGUUUGAGUUUGUAAUUUUGAUGGCAACCAAAAAAAAAAGAAGAAAAAAAAAUAGGGAUAUUUAGAGGUUGUUCCCGGGAGCUCCGACAUGCAGAGACUCUUAUGAGGAAAAACAAAAACUAAAGACUUUGAGUCAACGUCUUUAUGUUUCAAAACAAUAUGCAUGAUUUGGUUUUAUAUUGUUAUUAUCAUUAUUAUAAUUAUAAAACGGUUUUUGCUUUGU